AAGCUAAAUUUUAAGUCACUGCGACAGUGACUAUUCCCUAAUUUCUUAGUUUACGACGCACCUUCCCAUUUCAUUCCAACCUAAUCCCCCCCUGUUGGUCAAUCAUCAACACUACCAACUCCAUGCUUAAAUUCACUGCAAAAGAAAAUUUGGAUUCCUCAAAGAACACCAAUCAUCAUCAAUGGACGACCAUAACUCUCACCGAUUCAGCAGCGGAUUGGAAUUAGGGAAUUUCAUUGCGACUUCAGAUUUGUUGGAGCAUUCAUGGAAGGCGAUUACAAAACUUCGAACUGAAAUUACUGUACCGAUUUAUUUGGCCUUUUAUAAAUAUUACAAUGAGCGAUCGAACUGUAAGAUCCUUGCGUUCGUUACUACUCCCAACUGUACCGAAAAUCCUAUUGAUGAAGAUGGAGGAGAAGAUCUAGUUUCGCUUUCGGAUCUGCUCAUCGAUGAGUUUACUGCGUUUGAGUUUCUUCAAACCAAAACAUGCCCGGAUUCCGCCAUUAAUGGAGUUGCUCUUGACCUCUUUCGCCGUUUCUAUCCUGUCUAUGAACAAGAGAUAUCAAGGCUGAUAUCCGAUCCCAACACUCCAAUAAUAAUCACAGGACAUGGUUUAGGAGGAUCAGUUGCUUCUCUCUUGACAUUAUUACUUCUUGAUUCCAUAGAUCUCACCAAAACCAAACGCCCUCUCUGUAUAACUUUUGGUUCUCCUCUGUUAGGCAAUGAGGCUUUUCAAAAUGCCAUUUCACAGUUCUCAACUUGGUCUUCUUGCUUCCUUCAUCUUGUCUCCAACCAAGACCCUCUUCCUACAAAGUUCUUGAAUAACAAAGCUUACUAUCCCUUUGGCACUUUCUUGUUCUGCUCCCAAUCUGGUGGUUGUUCUUCUUUCGAAGACCCGAAAUCGGUCUUGAAAUUGUUGGAGGCAACCAAAGCUAGUAAUGAUGUUCUUACUGCUUCUUCAUUCUUUGAUUAUAAAGAAACAAUUGAUCGUUUGAUAAACCAGGCCAAUCUUAAGGCUACUAUGAAGAUGGUCACAGAGAAUGCAGAGUCGUGGACUGGGAGCUUUGUAGCACAACUUGAAACUAUUGGAGUUGCUCGAAAUCAAGCCCAGCAGCAGCAGCAGCAGAGAGUAGUAGAUGUUAACAGACUCGCAAAAGCACUAAAAGACAACGAGAUGAACCUGAUACUUGAGAACACAAAACCUUUUGCCAAGACUUUAAAUGACGUUAAGAUAAACAUGGCAAAACUUGAAUGGUACAAGAAGAAGUGUAAGUUUGAUAAUAUUGGUUAUUAUGAUAGCUACAAAAAUCAAAGAAGUGAACCUGACAUUAGAGUUGCUGAGUUCAAAAAGAUCCUACGAGUUUACUGGGAAAAUAAGGUAGAGGAAGCAGAAAGAAAACCUCUUAGGGAUGGAGCUCCAUUCAAUGUACAAUUAUUGUUCGGAGGAACGAAUUACCGACGAAUGGUCGAACCACUCGACAUCGCCGAACACUACCGAAAGGGAUUGACUGACUACAAAUCUCACAGGCCAAAGCACUAUACUAAGCUUGAACAAUGGUUCAAAGAGUCGCCAACUCCCGAUUCGAGUUCAACACAAAGAGAAGCGGUUUCUUCUAUACUUACUGUGGAUUCUCUGUUUUGGGAACAUGUGGAAGAGGCUGUUCUGGCAUGUCAAGUGCUGACGAUGGUGGAUUGUAGUGAAGAAGAAAAUGAAGUAGAACUAGCUAAGCUUAGAGAAUUUGAGGAUUAUGUAGUGGAAUUGAUGAGGAAUUAUGCUGUAUCUUCUGAGAUUUUCUUGCCACAUAGCACCUUCAUGAAAUGGUGGGAAGAGUAUGAUGAGAUUGUGGGAGAUGAUCAUGACUCAGUGCUCUCGAGGUUAAUGAGGAAUGAAGAGUAUGAAGAAUAUGCUAAUGGGAGGUUACAGAUCCCUUGAAAUGAUGUUUGUUUGGAUACGUUGAAUUAUUAAUUUAGUCGUUGCAGAUUGUAUUUACUUUGUAGCAAAUGUCUAAUAAAAUGCAUGGAUGUUUCAGUUUUUGGGCAUAUAGAAAGGAGAUUUGAGAUUAAACAUUCGUGGAGUAAGGUGUUGGUCUUGGUCAUUUUUGUACGUAAAUAGAGCUCGAUAUCGACCUCGAGCUUUUAAUUUACAGAUAUAGAGAUAUCGAUGAAUAUUUUUGUAAA